UUUCAUUCGACGCUCGAUGCGCUUCAACCAGUUUACGCUUCCAGCAACGGACCUUCCCGCGUCCAUUGCGUUUUACUCGCGUCUUGGCUGCUCGCCGAUCGUCGUCACGGAAACGUACGCGCGCUUCGAAGACGGCGCGGGUGGCAGCACGUUCUCGCUUGAAAAAGUGGACCAAGAGGUCCCCAAAAUGCCCGGGCAUCACGCCAUGACCAUGUACUUUGAAGUUGACGACGUGGAUGCGACUGUCGCAGCGCUCUCGGCGCAGGGCGUUGUGUUUGACGAGCUCCCGGAAGACAAGUCGUGGCUCUGGCGCGAGAGUCGCCUUCGCGACCCUGCAGGCAACCGCGUGUGCUUGUACUAUGCUGGCAACCAGCGCCGCUUCCCGCCGUGGCGCGUUGACGGCCGCACAGCUCCGUAAUCGACCCUUUCAACACGCGUCUAUUUUUAGCGCUUCGA